CACCCUGCUGCUCUGCCCUGCAACGAGGCUUCCCAGCUCAAGGGAGCAAGCACAGUGCGUGAGGCCGUCUGGCAUUACUUGGAAAAUAUUACCUCAUGAGAUAAUCACAGGUAAUUUGGAGAACAACCUUAUAAGAUUACAUUCUCAAACUGUUUGCUCUGGUGCUUCAUAGACCACUGUAGAAGUACAUCAAGUUUCCUUAUCUUGAGAUGGCUCAAAUUUCAGUAGACCUUUCUUCUGAGUAUCAGUUUUGGAUAAAGAAGCUUUCUCAAUGGGACCAGGCCUCCACUUUGAAAAUCCAACAAGAUCUCUGCCUUCAUCUGCCUCAGUUUCAGGGCUUCCUAAGGCAGCUGUAUGAGGCCUUGAAAGUGAUGGAUUCAAAAACUGUCAUUGAAAAAUUUCCCACAAUUGGUCAACUGUUGGCAAAAAGUUGCUGGAAUCCUUUUAUCUUAGCAUAUGAUGAAAGCCAAAAAAUUCUAAUAUGGUGUUUGUGUUCUCUGAUUAAUAAAGAACCACUGGAUUCUGCAGAAUCAAAGCUUAACUCCUGGACACGGGGGUUGUUAUCGCAUAUGCUCUCAGCAUUCAGAUUGAAUAUUCAAGAUGUUGGCCUUUUUACCCACGGUCUUGGAUAUACACCUACAGACUGCUAUCCUGGUUUGCUUAAAAAUGUGGUUUUGUCAUUGGUGACUGAACUCAGAGAGAAUCACCUCAAUGGAUUUAACACUCAAGGACGGAUGACACCUGAACGUGUGAAGUCGCUGUCACAGGUUUGUGUCCCUCUUGUUGCUCUGCCUGAUCUUGGACCUUUGGUGAAGGCUCUGCUCACGUGCCCUGGAUGUGACCCACAGGAAGUUCUCUGUCCUGAGUUCCUGGAUGCGGUGAAUGAGGCCUUUUUGACGAAGAAGAUAUCUCUCCCCACGUCAACAGUGGUCUGCCUCUGGCUUCGAUACCUUCCCAGCCUUGAAACCGCAGUGCUGCGUCUCUUUCAAAGACUGAUCUCCAUGGAGAGAAGGUGCAUGAAAAAGAUCGAAGGCUUUGUGAGGGAUUCAUUACUGCCCGAGGCAGCCUGCCAUCCCGCUGUAUUCAGGAUUGUUGACGAAAUGUUCAGGUCAGCCCUCCUAGAGACCGAUGGAGCCCCGGAGAUCCUGGCCACGCUUCAGGUGUUUAUGUGGUGCUUUGUGGACGCUCUGGAGAAGGAAGGCAAGAAGCUAAAGUUUCCGCUCCAAGCCUACUUUCCUUGUGCAUCUCCGUCUCUCAUCGUGAUGCUGCUUCAACGCCCAAAAGACGCUCCGCAGGCGCAGUGGCAGCAGCCACUCGGACAGAUCGCCCACCUGCUCAGAGAAACUGCUGAGGACCAGAGUCGCGGGGCCUGGUGCACGCCCUUCGAGAGCUGGUUUCUGCUGGUUCACUUUGGAGAAUGGGCCGGUCUGGCGGCUGAGCAGUUGGUGAGGUCUGAGGCUGAGCCCCCAGGGGCCCUGCUGUGGCUCCUCGUCUUCAGCUACAGUCCGGAGGCAGGGAGUCAGCAGCGAGCACAGACCAUGGUGGAGGUGGGGGCGGUUUGCCGUCGCCUGAAGGGGCUGCGUGGAGGGGCUGUCCUCUCGGCCCGGGAGCUGCAGGCCGCCUUAGGCCUGGACAGGCCUGCGGAGCCCGGGCGGAUCACCCGCCACCUCCUCCUGCUCUUCCUGCUCUGGACGCCCAGCGGACACGCGGCCGCCCUGGAAGUCGUCACCUUGCUGUCUCAGACAGAGGAGAUCUCCCGGGACCUCAUUGGCUUUCUUGACCAGACCUUGUGCAGAUGGGACCGUCUCUGCAUGGGCGCCUCUGCCCCCCGAGAACUGGCCAGAGCACUCCUUACAGAGCUGCACAGACAGAUCUGGCCUGAGGAUGGAGGCACCUGAUGAGGCCAGGCCCACCAGAGCUACAGGACUGAAUGAGAAUGCCCGGAACCUCAUAGUCAUAGCCUGGAUAAUCCUGAGAGGGAUCAAUCAGCAUAAGACCCUGAGUUCAAUCCCAGUACUGCUUAAAAAAAAAAAAGAAAGAAAGAUAUGAACUGUGCAAAUGGCCCACAAACAUCUUGGCAAGAUGCAAGGUCUAUCAGAAGUACUUUACAGAGUGAGAAGGUGUUUUAAUAAUUCAUUAGUCCAGACACAGAUACAUUUAUGAGUGUAUUAUAUCUUCAGUGGGUUAUAUCUUCAGCAUCCCAGAGUUGAGGCCAGAGAGCAAAGAUUCUGGGUGGGAGAACAGAUACUUCCUUAUGUCUCCUGCUCCUCCCCACCCCAUAUCAAAUCAAGGUGCACAAUUACAAUUUGAAUGUUUAUUCUUUCUAUCAAGAAAUUUAGAAAGUGAUCUCUUUAGAAAGUACCUUGGCCCAUUCCGCAUCUAUUUUGAAAAUCAGGGAAUGAUUAUUGGUAUUUCUUUUAACCCGAAGGAUUAAAGGGCACGUUGAGAUAAGGGCACACUUUCUUGCUUCCCAUAUGUAGUCUUUUCUUUUUGCUUUCGGACCACACCCACUGAUACUCGGGUUACUCCUGGCCCUGCAGCCAGGGACUAUUUCUGGUGGGUCUUGGGGGACCAUAUGGGAUGCUGGGUAUCAACCUGAGCGUGCAAGGCCAGUGCCCUGACGGCUGUGCUAUCGCUCUAGCACCCCCAUCUUCCCAUACAUUCUUUUAAAAUGUUUCUGCUUUGGGGGUCACACCUGUUGGUGCUGAGGUUUUACUCCUGGCUCUGCGAUCAGGAAUUCAUCCUGGAGGUGCUUGGGGGGCCUCUGGGAUGCAGAGGAUCGAGCCCAGGUCGGCCCCAUGCAAGGCAGAUGCCCUCCCCACUGUACUAUCGAUCCCCCGCCCCUCCCCAGUGUAUUUCUUACCCAGGAGCAUCCAGGACCGUACCCCAAGUGGACUCAGGGGACACCUUCAGGAGCAUGUUCGGAGUCGGCUUUUGCCCCACCAUGCCACUGGCCUGGGUGCAGCCUGUCCUGCUGCAGACUUUGUUGGACCCGAGGAGCCUGUGUCAACCCUGAAGGGACUAGCAGGCUGUUUCCUGGAAACAUUAGGAAAGCUGAGUCCCGUUUGUGCGUGCCCCUGGGUCAGGUCUGCAGGCACAGUGGGCAGAGUCAUCUGGACUCAACUAGCGUUCUUGACAAGGACCAAGAAGGACACCAACCAGCUCCCUUGUUGUCGGGAGCCAUAAGUGACAAACUGGAAGGACUCGCCCCUAGACCACAGCAGGUGCAGGGGAAUUCUGUGCAGACCCCAGCACACUUAGGGAGCAAAGACAGGAGCAAACCAGCCACCAGCCACCUCUCAGAGAGGGAUUGUAGAGAGGACUCUUGGGGAUGUUGAUGAGCUCGAAGAAACAGUGCUACUGACUGCCAGCACAGCAGAGUAUGAGAAAAUUAGAAAUGACAGAACUUGGGCAUGAACAACUUUGUAACGUUGUAUCUCAUGGUGAUUCAAGACAGCUUUUUUAAUCAUGGUGAAAUACACAUUACAAAGUUGUUCCUGAUUGGUUUCAGUUAUAUAAUGUUCCAGUCCCUUCACCAGAGAACAUUUCCCACCACAAAUGCCUCCAGUUUUCCUCUCACCCCCACCCCCUGCCUGCCUCUCUAGGGGGCACUUUUCUUCUCUCUCUCUCUCUCUCUCUCUGUCUCCCUCUCUGUCUCUCUGUCUCUGUCUCCCUGUCUCUCUCUGUCUCUCUCUCUCUGCUUUGGGGCAUUAUAGUUUGCAAUAAAGAUACUGAAGGUUACUAUACAUAUUCCUUUAUCUGCUUCCAACACUCAGUUCUUGUCCAGAAUGUGACAAUAGUAGUUAGAAAUGACCAAUACAUUUUUCUUAAAGAUAGAUAUUGGAGAGACAGUAUGAUUAGCCUAGAGAUCUUGCAAAGCAUUUAGGUGGUUAUGGAGUUGACUCUGGACAUGGUAAGUAGUUCACUGAGGGAAGACAGACUUUGGUAUUCAGAGGAGCAGAGGGUGGGGCAGUAAAGACACACCAAUGUUAUAUAUGCACACAUGGCUCAACCUUUAACAUGUUUGUGAUCUCUUAUAGAAGGGCUCAAUGACCCUGGGUGAAAUACAACAAUCUUUACACUCUUUCCGCUAAGGGAACUUUUUUUGUAGCAUUUUCAGUGGUUUUUCAUAACAAAAAAUACAAAAUAUAUUAUUUGGUUCUGCUUUGGGGCAUGGAUUGGGGUUUGGGAUGGAAAUAUCCAAAAUAUGGUGGUAGGAAGGUGUAAUGGUGGUGGGAUUGGUGUUAAAAAUAUUAAUGUAAUCAAAUAUUGUGAACUGCUUUAUAAAAUAAAAAUAAAUUUAAAUAAUGGAAAAAAUGGUGUCAGGA